CACAGCAAGAAUAUCAUAUAACUCAAGUACUACAGUUAGUGCGGACGGAGUCCUCCACACUAGCUUCCCCUGCCUUGUACAUACUACUUCCUUCUUUCAUGGCCUAGAUACUUCUUCGAUCGUUAACCCAUACUACUCUGUCUCGCCGCCCUGGGCUCCCCAGUCCCCUCAUUAUCAUUACACCGCUUUCUCACCUCCACCUUGUUGUCUCGAGAGUCUGAAUCUCGGAUAUCGAUCUGCCAGGUCUCCGUAUACCUAUAUCUAUACAGUACACAUAGAUAGGUAAUCAUCAUGGAUGAUACCUCCGGGCUCCGACCCCGGAAGCAGGACCCCCAACUAGCCUUGUCCAAGGAGCAGCUCCCAACCCCCCCAGAUGAGACGCCUCGUCUGAAACAUGGCCUUGCAAUGCAGCUCCUCCGCUCCAUUUUGCUGGCGACAUGGUUCAACUGCUGCUGCGUUGCCAUUCUAGCGACCCAGGUUAUCGGUUCCCCAUUGUACGUGGUCAACAAGGACUACUACUACUCGUACAUGGCAUACACAAAGCAGUCUUUUGGGCUGGUUAUCACCGCUCUCACACAGUGGGGGUGCCCGACAUUCGUCCGCGUCAGCGGGGACAGGAGUAUACGCGGUCAGGUCCAUAUCGCCGCGGAUGGGCGCUUGAAGACACAAUUUCCGGAGCGCCUGGUGCUGAUCGCGAAUCACCAGGUGUAUACGGAUUGGAUCUACCUUUGGUGGGUGGCCUAUACCAAUGCAAUGCACGGCCGCAUCUUUAUCAUACUCAAAGAAUCCCUCAAGUAUAUCCCGAUCAUCGGGCAGGGCAUGACCUUCUACGGGUUUAUCUUCAUGGCUCGGAAAUGGCUGUCCGACAAGCCGCGGCUGCAGCACCGCCUGAAGAAGCUGAAGAUCCAGCACACCGGAUCUCAGUCCGUGUCCCCUCGGUAUGACCCCAUGUGGCUCUUGAUCUUCCCCGAGGGGACCAAUCUCUCCAUCAACACCAAGCGACGGAGCAAAGCGUACGGAGAGAAGCAGGGAAUCCCAUCCCUGAAUCACGAGCUUAUUCCACGCUCCACCGGUCUGUUCUUCUGCCUCCAGCAGCUGCGAGGCACGGUGGAAUGGGUCUAUGACUGCACGGUAGCUUACGAGGGGCCUCCAAAGGGCAGCUUGCCCGACAAGUACUUUACUCUCCGGUCGACUUACCUGCAAGGCCGACCGCCCACAUCCGUCAACAUGCACUGGCGGCGCUUUGCUAUGUCGGGGAUUCCUUUAGAUGACCAGGAUGAGUUUGACUCAUGGCUCCGAGAACGCUGGACCGAGAAGGACCAGUUGCUUGGCGAGUACUAUGAAACAGGGAGAUUCCCGUCCGAGUUGGCCGGCUCCAUUGAUGUCGGUCUUAAGUCUGAAGAGCGGGAAACUGCCGCCGCCGCCGGGUAUGCCGAGACUUACGUACGACUGGAACACUGGGCUGAGGUUGGUCGGAUCUUUAUGGUGCUGGUAGGCGUGGUGGUGCUCUGCAAGAUUCCCAAGCUCUUGGGGCUCUGAUCGGAUAAGAAGACCAUCCCUACGAUAGGGCUGGUCUGGAACUAUUACGUGCUAUGACCGAUCCUCAUAUCCAACCGUUCUAUGACCUGGGAGAUGGCGCUUGGAGUAGGUAUCAUUGUGGUUAUUUCUACCCUACCAUUUAGUUGCCUAAUGUCCUGUCUGCAGUCGUGUCACGGCCACGACUAUCUCACAUGACCGGUUAGAUGUACAAUGGAAGAUACAGUAGGACUAUUAUAAUAGUAGUGGUGG